CAGUCCCACAUGACCCUUGAGGCUCAGCCUCAACUAUCCAUAAAUAAUUAACCCUCCAUCUCCCCCUCCCAAUCCUCCCAUCCCACUAUACACCUUCUAUUCUACAACCACUUCCACACAACAACAGCAAUGGCAAUUAGAAAACCAUCCAAACUGCCUCAAACCGCAGUUCUGAAGCAAAUCCUGAAGAGAUGUUCAAGCUUAGGCAGGAAACAUGGAUAUGACGAAGAUGGGCUCCCACUUGACGUACCAAAAGGUCACUUUGCCGUUUACGUUGGUGAAAACAGAAGCAGAUACAUCGUCCCUAUCUCAUUCUUGACCCACCCUGAGUUCCAAUGUUUGCUUCGACGAGCGGAGGAAGAGUUUGGGUUUAACCAUGAUAUGGGCCUUACCAUCCCUUGUGAAGAAGUUGUUUUUCGCUCUCUUGCAUCUAUGCUUAGAUGAAAAUGGGGAAAAAGAAUAUAUUGAGUUGCGAAAUGAAGGGGUUCUGCCUUUGCAUUUUUGGAGAAAGAUGACCAAGAGAAGCAUAGCAACCAUAUAUAUUGCAGAGCUAAUUUCUCGGUUUUCUAACAUCAUUUCUUCAUUGUGAUUCUUGAUCCCUUUUGGGGUUUUUUCUUUUCUUUUUACUAUUUCGGACCCAUGUUUUAUUAAUUAGUUAUUAGUGACUCUAACUAGAGCUAAGAAUUAUAACAUUUUCUGGGUCCAAUCAUUUGUAUAAACUUGUGUUUCCUCACAGAUUUUGUGAGAGAAGUUGAAAGUUAAGGAAACAACCUUAUUUUAUCUUCCAA